AUGUAUGGGACUGUAUCAACUGCUGUGGAUUGGGUAAUAAUCAAACUAGCUUCGUCUAACCCUGAGAAUAAUAAUAGGAAAGAGAAGGUGGAAGUGUUAUUAAGUUCGUUUUCACCCUCUCCAUUACCAAUCAACAAGGCUAUGUCGACCCAUGAUGACUUAGAAGCAAUACUAGAGAUAUUACCAGAGGUAUCUGCUGAUGAUUAUUCCGUAGUAGGUCAGCUCGAGCAACAUGCACCUGUUUAUAAAGUAAAUGAUGUGGUAUCAGAAGUGUUAUCAGAGGUCAACUUCAAGUUACCGGAGGAGAGAGAGAUGGGUAAACUCUUAAAUGAGGCACAUAAGGAAAGCGUUAGUGAUAAAAAAAGGCAACACGAUAAGAAAAAGAAGUUUCAGGCCAAAAACUCUACAUACAAAAAUUUUGACGAUUCUGAUGAAAUCGAGCUUACUAAAAAGCAAAAUAUAGAACUGUAUUUAAUACGAGAUUUACAGAAUGAAAAGCUAUACGAUCUGGACAAUGAAGAAAUUUUAUCCUGGAUUCGCUAUUCAGAGUUAGCGAUAAAACUGCAAAAAUACAAAGAUAUGUUAGAAUAUCUACCAGGUGUUGCAUCAGAAAACGAUCAAAAUCACAUGAUCACAACUGAGGAUCUCAAAUCUUUAUCCAAUACCGAG